GUCGGACCGCGUAAACAAAGGCUCCACCGCGGCGUUACGAAAAAACCGUGUCCACCAGAAAAUCCCGAGGGAACAAAAUAACUUUACAACCGUCGUCGCCCCGGUGCGUUCACGGGACCGGAGCAGUUACGACUUUUCCAAUGCCGCAGUGUAACGUAUUAUUCGCGUACGUCGUCGUAGCCGCCGCCGCCGUAGCCGCCACAUAAUCAUCGCGCGCGCGUGUGUGCAUGUGUGUGAGUGUGUGCCGCGUACGUGUGCGUGUGUUCGGCAAUUCGGUUGUUCGCUGUGUUCAGUGUUGUUUCUUGUUUAUUGCCGACUGGACAUUCGCGUUUCGGCCGUAACUCGUAAGCCGUGUGCCCGCCGAGCCAAUUCCUCAGGCGCCGAUGACAUGGGACGCGAUCGCUGCUCCACCGUCAACGCCACCGCUGCUGACCAUUGACCGGCGUUUUGUCGUCGCCGAUUUCCCGGGGUUUAACAGUUUUUGAAAUCAGUUUAUUGUACCAAAAUGUCAAAAGCAUGCAGGAUGUUGAAUCUGGAUGAGGAUGGAUCUUCUACUCCAAAUACAGCAAUAAUAAAAUUAGAUCCAAAUAUGACAACUUUUUUAACACCAUCACCAUAUCAUUUGCUUGAUCAUGAAUAUGGUAUGACACCACAAAAUCAAAUCAUUCCAAAUCCUCUUACAUCACCAUUAACAAAAUCACAAGGUGUAAAACGAAGAUUAAAUUUAGAGUCACACAAUUUUGGAUAUGAUGAUGUAACACCUUUGACAGCUAAGCGAAUGAGAAAAUGGUCUAGUUCAAGUGCUGGUAGUGAACCUAGUCCUGCUCAAAAUGCAGGAAAGAAGUGUUCUGAACGUCCAACACGUUAUGAUACCUCUUUAGGCUUGUUGACUAAAAAAUUUAUUGGUCUGCUUGAAAAUUCUACAGAUGGUGUUGUUGAUUUAAAUAUAGCAUCAGAAAAGUUAGAUGUACAAAAACGAAGAAUUUAUGAUAUAACCAAUGUUUUAGAAGGUAUUGGAAUUUUGGAAAAAAAAUCCAAAAACAAUAUUCAGUGGAAAGGUGGAAAUGCAUAUGGGUCAGACAAGAAUAAUGUUCAACAAGACUUAGAAAAAAUGAAAGCCAAAGAAGAGGAAUUAGAUAAUUUGAUUUUAAAUACUGAACGAGAUAUAAAACAAUUGACAGAAGAUAAGAGAUUUGGAUAUGUAACUUAUCAAGAUAUUAGGUCUAUUGAAUCAUUCAGACAAAAGACUGUUUUGGUUGUUAAAGCACCUCCAGAAACUGAAUUACAAGUACCUCAAGAUCACAUUGAUGGAGAUCAAAAGAUGUAUAUGAAAAGUAACACUGGAGAAAUAGAGGUGUUCUUAUGUCCUGAGUAUAAUACCAAUACAACUUCACACCAACCACAAAGUCAGUUAAGGCCGUAUACAUCUCAGAGUGCCAAAAAUUCAUCAACUGGCAAUACGGUUAUAAAGUCGCCUCAAAAAUUAUCAGUUAUUCAACAGUCACCAACUUACUUGUCACAUAAAUACAAAAUGGAAAUCAUUAAAUCAGACACUGUAGAGAAUGUAGAGAAUACAACAAUAAGAAAAUUCAAGGAAGAGCCGUUGGAUGAUCAGCAGUAUAUACCCAGUACAAGUGGUUCCGCCAAAGAUACAUUUGAGAUAUCUUGCGAACCUUUCUUGAUGCUUGAACCUCCAAAUGAAGAUGACUACAACUACUGUCUGGAUUCUGACGAGGGUCUUGGUGACUUGUUUGGCUUCAGGUUAUAAAUAGGCUAAUACUUAGUAUAUAUAUAAAAUGUGUGUAUUUUUUCCAAAUUGUAAGCCUUCAUUUUUCCUCCCUUGUAUAACAAUUCUUUUAUUUACUUACCAUUUGGUAUGUCUAUUUAAUUAAAAUAAUUUUUUAUUUCAUAUUUUUUAAAAACUCAAUUUUAGUUUAUCCCAAAUUAAAUUUCCUAGUAUAACUAUUAUUUAAAAACC